UUUUUUGGCAACUCUUUCUGACGAGCGCCGCCAAGCCCCGCCAUUGCGACACCCUUCGCCAUCCAGUACUACAGUGUCACUCGCUCGCGACAGGUGCUCGCAGUGGGUUGUGCUAGCUCAGCCGCAGUGUUGCGACACCGCACGACAGAUGGGUAAACUUCAGGAUAUCCUCGCUGAGAGGAGUGGCGUUUUGAAACCCUCGAUCUGCUCGAGGUGCACACAGCAGCCUACUAGAAGUUCAAACUCGAUGCCUGGCUGCAUUCGAGAUGUGAAUCGCAGUUUCGCUGCACGCAUCUAUCGUGAUCGCGCUGCUCCGCAGUCACUUUUUUCGCUCGGCCUCGGUAGUUCGGGUUUUUGGCGCAGACGGCGAGAACGCCGAGUCUAAAAAGCGGGGCCCGUGUGCGACGGGUCACGGAUGCCAUGAGAGGCCAUUCUCGGUGGAUAACGGCGGCGGUGGCGGCGUGGAUUGCGUGCGCGGGCGCGUUGGCGGGGCUGGUGGCGUGGAGGGUGCAGAAGGGCUUCGACGACAAUCGCAAGGCGGAGCUCGACGCGUGGUGCGCCGGUCGCGCGCACUCGCUGCAGCAGCAGUUCAUGCAGACCGCCGACCACGUGCAGGCGCUGGCAGGGCUGACGAUCGUGUUCGGGCGGGUGCGCGAGGACCCGUGGGGCGUGGCGGGCAUGAGCCAGCAGCUGUACGUCAAGUACGCGCAUGCCACCGUGGCCGCGCGCCCCUGGGUGCACGCCAUGGGCUACUUCGUCCUCGUCAACGAGACCGACAGGCUAGCGUAUGAGCGGCAGCUGCACUGCCACAUGGCGGACAUGACGCAGCGGCCGCGCCCCCUGGCGGAGUGGUACAUGCCGAUGCGGUACUGGUACAACGAGAUCUCCCUCGCCACGCUGCUCUCCAGCACCGCCUGCCGUGACACGCGCACGAACCCGUCGUUCGGGCCGCAGCUGGGCGACAUGGUGGAGAAGGCGGACCAGUGGCUCACCCUGCCCUACGUGCUCGACAACGGCAACGCCGGCAUCGGCAUGACGUUCCCCAUCUUCAGCACCGGUGUCUCCACGGCGUCGCCCCUGGCGGAGCGGCGGCGCGCGUUCAUCGGAGCCAUGGCGGCGUCGGUGGACUUCAAGCGCCUCGCCAGCUCCAUCAUUUUCGACGUGCUGCAGGACGUGAAUUACACACUCGAGAUCUACGACGUCACUGACACCGCCGUCACGCAUGUUGAUGCAAGCCCCUCAUCCACGCCGUCCGGGCCGCGCCUGCUGUACGGGGUGGGCGACCUGCCUCAGGGCGACCCUGAGGAGGUGUCAAAGGUCAUUCUGCCGUCCAACGAGAGCAUGCUACAGCCGUGGCGCUACAAGGUGGUGCACCAGAUCAACCUCACCGACCCUUCCAGGAGCUUCCAAGCCUGGUGCCGCUUUGAGGGGUCGGACAGAGCAUACAGCUGGAUGGCGGUCUUCCUAGGCGUCAUCAUCAUGGUGGUGGCUGUGCUGCUGGCGGCCAUCGCGGUGAGCGUGACGCGCAACACGCGGAGGGCGCGGGAGAAGACGGCGGUGCUGGAGAGAAUGAAGGAGCAGACGCAGAAGAAGGAGCGCAACAAGAGCGCCUUCAUCGCCAACACCUCGCACGAGCUGCGCACCCCAAUCAUCGGGCUAAAAGGCAUGCUCGAGCAGCUGGCGGAGGGGCCGAUGGAGGGCGAGAUGCAGGAGGACGUGCGCGUGGCGGUGGAGGAGGCGGAGCGCGUGCUGGCGCUGAUCGGCACGGUGCUGGACAUCUCCAAGGCGGAGGCCGGGCUCCUGCAGCUGGAGCAGCUGGAGUUCGACGCCCGGGCGUGGCUGGCAGAGGGCCUGGCGAAGCACGAGACGCUGGCUGCUGCGGGCGGGCUGCAAUUCACAUGCCACGUGGAUGCUAGUGUGCCGGAGGUGCUGGUGGGGGACUACCUGCGCCUGCGGAAAGUGGUGGACAGCAUCGUUGACAACGCCGUCAAGUUCACGUCCAGUGGAGGGGUGUGUGUGCGGCUGCAGUGUCUUCCCCCCCACACCAACAUCCCUGCUCACCUGCUCUCCCUCGGCUGCUCCGUCGUUGAAAGCACCCCCUGCUCCUCCCCCCCUGCUGCUGCUUCUACGAUUACUGCCAGCAGCACCACAGCUGUGGUGGCGCCGUGCAGUGAGGAGGAGGGCAUGCUUGUGGCGCCCUCUUUCUGGGAUCACGUGGCGCGCCGAGGGCCGGUGAGUGCGGUGGUGACCCGGUGCUGCCGGCAGGUGGGCGUGCUCACUGCCCAAGGUCUCACGUGCUACUGGCGCAUGCCCCCGGUGAAGGAGGACGCGGGCGGGGAGGCAGGUCAGGCGGAGCAGGGUUGUUCCAUGGGAGAGGAUGUGGGAAGAGCACAUGGGGGGGAUGAGGCAGGUGCAAACGUGAUGGAGGCUGUGGAGGCUGGUGUGGCGCCAAGGAGGGGAGUAGUAGGGGGUGGCAGGGGGGGUGCGUGGAUGGAUGCAGUGGGGCGGUGGUGGGGCAGGGCCACCAUGCCAGGGUGCCUGGUGCCUGGGGAUGCUCGAGGGCGAUUGGUGCUGCUGCUGACGUGUGAGGACAUGGGGUGUGGGAUAGCGGAGGAGGAGCAAGCUGAUGUCUUCCACGCGUUCAUGCAGCCGCAUCACAAGAGGCAUGCGCAUGGCGGUAGUGGCUUAAGUCUUCACAUAUCAAAACAACUGGUGGCUCUCAUGGGCGGCAGCAUCGGUCUGCUCAGCACGGAGGGCCGUGGCACCACGCUGCAUGUCGCGCUGCCCAUGGCCUCUGCUCCCUCUGCUGAUGAAUGUGCCACGCGCACAGGCGUUUGCAGUGGCGCUGCUGCUGCUGCCGCUAGUCCCUUCGCAGCCUGCUGUGCAAGGAGUCCCUUGAACAGUCACGAACAACUGGCAGCAGGGGAGAGCGGUGAAGGGGCGGGGUGCACAGGGAUUGGGGGACAGGCGAGGGCAGCAGGUGUGGAGGCAGGCGGACGCACACAGCAGGCAGCGGCACGGGGAGUGGGAGAGGUGGAGAGGCGUGGUUUGGAGGUGAAGUGGGGUAGUGCCAAGGAGGCUCUGCAGGAGAUGAUGCGCGGCAUGGCCAUCCUGGUGGUGGACGACAAUGUGAUAAACCGGCGGGUGGCAGCGAGCACGCUGGGGCGAUACGGUGCUGACGUCACACUGGCAGAGUCAGGCGAGGCGGCUCUGCUGCUGCUGCGGCCUCCGCACUCCUUCCGCCUCGUGCUCAUGGACCUCCACAUGCCCCUCAUGGACGGGUACGAAACUGUCACUCGGCUACGCGGCAUGGAGCAGGAUUCAGAUGGUGCGGGGAGGGCAGACUGCAUGCAGCCCACGUGGGUGGUGGCCAUGUCAGCCGACGUUGACAGCGCAGUUGCGGCCCGCGCUGCACAAGUGGGCAUGAAUGGGGUCAUGCAGAAACCACUCAACGAGAAACAACUCUUGUAUGUCCUGAGAACUCUAUGAUUAACAAACAUAUUACCGUUAAUUAACCACUAAUUUAUCGACGACAACACGACAUGACCAUAGCACAAUUGUGUAACGUCACUAACUACUGCAAUAAGGCGGGUGCCUCCUCCCUCCCUGGAAAGGGGUUUUUAUCCACC